AAAGUAAGCACAACCUUGAAUUUCUAUUGGUUGGACGCUUAUGUUGUUACCAUAACAACAAAUAGGGUGUUGUCACCAUAUAUGGUCCCAAACUAGACCUAUGUGAAUUGAGACCCACUAGAUUGAGUGUUACUUUAACUAACCAUUCUGUGAUUAGUUCUAGAGGCAUUGUGGAGGACGUUCUAGUACGGGUGAGUACUAUCUACUAUCCGACGGAUUUUAUUAUCCUUGAUAUUCAUAUUAGUGAGGAUGUAGAUAUGCCCUUUAUCCGAGGAUGUCCCUUCCUUGUCACCACCAAUGCUCUAAUCGAUGUUAAUGUGGGAACAUUAAUCUUGGGAGAUGGUGAGGAGCAAGUCAAUUUUAAUAUUGGGAGAUGGUGAGGAGCAAGUCAAUUUUGUAUUGAUCAUAAGGUUAACCAUGAAAAAUGUUAAAGAGGUAGAGUCGAAUGGUGUGUUUGUAAUUGGAGGUGUUCCUUCCGAGGCAAACCCCACUAGUGCUCCUUGUUUUGUUGGCAAUGUAAAGCAGGAACCUAAGGCGGGUACUAAGCUCGAAGUGAAGCAAAAGAAGGCAUGGCGGGACAAAAUGAACCGUGCUUUGGCGCUAAGAAAUGAGAAGGGCAAGGAAAAGGCAAAGGCAAAGGGCCUAGAGGUCAACUCUUUUGAAGAUGAGAUUGGAGGUGAUGAUCCUCGCACCGGAAUUGUGACGGAUCCACUCUCGGAGGCCUCAUGCUCGCAAUCAUGAUGAUCCGCAACGUCUAGCUAAGGACGUAAACAAGCGCUUGUUGGGAGGCAACCCAAUGUCGGUUCAUAUCCUUUUCUUUAUUUUUCUUUCUCUUAUUUUUUGAGCGUUUGAGUCAAGUGACUGAGUUUUGAAUAAAUCGUAUCACUGUUU